CGGUUGUGACGCGCAGCAGGGCGGGGCCGGCUUGAGGCGGUGGCGGCGGCCGGAAGCGGACGGCGAUGGAGGCGGCCUCGGUGCCGGCCGCCUCGACGGGACGCGGGCCCAUCAAGGGCAUCCUCAAGAAGGGCGGCAGCAAGCAGUCGGCGGGGGGAGCGGCCACCGGGGCGCGGCGGGCCAGUCCGGCUCACGAUGAAGACGAGCAUGGUAAAAAAUCCCAGACGUGGGAUGAAAUGAACAUCAUGGCUACGUACCACCCAGCAGGGAAAGAUUAUGGUUUGAUGAAAAUAGAUGAGCCAAGUACUCCUUAUCACAGCAUGGUAGGAGAAGAUGAUGAGGAUGCAGUGAGUGAUUCAGAAUCAAACGAGCCCUUGAAAGCUGAUGUGUUGAGUAAAAAACUGGCAGCUGCAGCUGACGCUAGACCCAAGAUUAUAGCAAAGCAAGAGGAAAGCAGUGAGGAGGAGGAAGAGGAUGAAGAAUUAACACCUGAAGAACAAGAGAAGAAGAAGCAGUUUGAAAUGAAGAGAAAAAUGCACUACAAUGAAGGACGAAACAUCAAACUGGCAAGACAACUCAUGGCAAAGGAACUACAUAGUGAAGAAGAGGAUGAUGAUGAGGAUGAAGAGAUGCGUGAUGCUGCAGAUACCGAAACGAUGAAUACAGAAGCUACUGAACAUGGGGAAAGGAGGGCUCCAAUAAGCAACUUUAUGAGCCUUCUGCAUGGCUGGAAGCCCCCAUGUCUCUGCUCUCUGCUGUAAAAGAGAGGCAACUCCUUUCCACUGGUGAAUACAGCUGGGGAGCGAAGGCACAUCUUUGCAGCAUUUUCCAUCUGUAUUGUUGAAAUGCAUUCCACCUUGCUUCAUAACCAGCUUCAGAGCCACAACUGGUAAAUAUCAAUUUUAGACUGCUCAUGGCCAAUAGAUUCCACAAAUGUAACUGUUUGCCUGCUUAUCGACCCAUUAACUAACUGGUUCAGCUCCGCACUGUGGCAUAGAGAAAUAGCUUCAAUUAACUUGAUGUAGUUCUAAAUUCUUCAUUUUUGUGUUGUAUCAUUCUGCUUAACAAACCUUGACGUCUCAUUAUCACCUAAUCUCUGCAUUAACUACCGAAGCUUUUGGUCUCUGUACCUGACCCAUUCUUCUGAGCUUAAGUACUGGUCUUACUUUUGUAAUGGCUGGUGAAUUGAAGCGCUCAGACCGAUCACAUGUGAUUCUUUGUGGCAGGGUUCAUCGAAGGAUGAUAUAGAGUAUGGUCAAAACUAUUAGUAAACAUCUCUGUCUUCUGCCACUACCUAUGCCUUAAGAAAUUCCUGUGUUGAGAUGAUAAAUAUUCAGCAACAUUGCCAUGUUUAAAGUAACGUCAAAGUUUUACUGAAAUAACCUUUUUGUGAUGACAUCUCUUUAUCACUCUGUCAUCUGUAUUCUGAAGGCACAAAAGAAUCUUCUUACUCAUAAAGUUGAUCAGAUGUUGGAGCUACACAAUGUUUCUCAAAUAACUGGUUUUAACGCUUGCUACUUGGAUUCUUAGCUAGCCCAUGCUUUGGGUCAUGCCGUGCUUUUGAUUAUGUUAGGCAAUUGGGUAUUUAAAAUAGUAUUUCAGUUUGGUUGUUUCCUUCAUGGAAGUGGAUCAAAAUGCUAUUAAUAUUCUUGUUCCUGAGAAUCCACUGUUAGGACCUUGUGUGGAGAGAUUAUUCAUCUGGAUAGCUUUCAAAGAGCUCUUCAACUUCAAAUCAUUGUAUUUUAACGUGCUUUCUCACAGAGCAGAAAAGGAGGGUUUUCUUUACUCAUUGUAUUGAUUGAUGCAGGAGCUGAUUUUCUUUUUUUGUGAUGGCUUAUUUUGGCUUCACAUUGUUAAACUAGCAGCUCUGAUGCUUGCUUCUAACUGUAAAGGAAAUGUCUUUUCUGCAUGCUGUAUUGUAGCUAUGUUUUGAUAAUUUCUUCCAUUUGACUUCAAUUCAUCUAAAGUUAUGGAGUUCAUCUGGUGAUGACAUAUACAUGAAGCUCUCAGGGACAUGGUUUAGUGCUAGAUUUAGGUCAUGGUUGGACUCAGUCUUAAGGGUCUCUUCCAACCAAAAUGAUUCUGUGUGGCUACCACUUGCCUGUUAUGUCUGAGACUGUCAAUGUAUGUAAGUGAGAGCUGGCAUGCAGUGUCUUUGUAUUCCAGCAGAAUAACAUGACUUCUAUAGUACUGUGAUUGUUCCAGGUAAAGAGGCAUUUCUUAGUGGUCUGUUGUGACACCAGGGCUCCACUGGCUCCUGGGUGGUUUUUCAGGCAAUUUGAGACCAUCUUCUCACUUUGAAUAUUUUUGUCUACUAAAAAGGUUUUGUGCUUCUCUUAUUUGAUGCUCCUUUCUACUGUCUAAUCCUAUUUGUUUUGUAUUUGAGUAAAACU